CUUCUUGACAUGAGAAAUUAGUGACAUAAUCCCCGCUUCACCAAUAUUGACCUUACGCCUUACCCAAAUCCCCUACUUCAGAAAAUUAUCUCAAACUCAUACUCCACCUUCAUCUUCAUCUUCAUCUUCAUCUUCAUCCUUUAAACUUCCGACACUACCUUCUCAUAUAGUACAAGAUUAAUCAAUAAAUCAUCUUCAAAUUCAGAUAUUUUAUAAAUAAUUAGCCAUAAUUCAAAAUGUCAAAAAAAGGAGUUGGGCUUCAAAAAGAUGCACCAUGGAGAGCUUCUCAAGGGAAACCCAUUCCCAAAAUACACCUUUCCCCUGUUCUUCGCAUUCCCCAAAACCCCUUUUCCAAUUACGCUCUUUCCAUUAUGAAGGAUCCAAAUCCAGUGGGAAAUGGGUUAGCAGUGGAUGCUGUAUUGGAGGCAGCAGGACCAGAUUGCAUUGUUCCUGGUCAAGCAACACCUGUUAAAUUGCUUGGUUUGAAGGUGUGGCCUAUAGAAGUUGACUUGAAGUUCAUGGAGCCAGUUGGGCGGGAACUCAAGAAUAUCGGGAAGUUUAUGGAUUCAGCAGUGGAUUUGAUGAACAAGUCAUUCAUUGAUCGUUAAUAAAUUAUAUUACAUUGAGAAAUAAGAAUUAUUGCGGUGGUCCUCAUCUUAUUGGCAUGCCUAUUAUUCAAAUUGGAUCCUGGGUGGUUACAAAAGAUGCCGAUAAUUUAUCAGGUAUACAUAAUACAUGGAAGAGGCUUUUGUUUCAUAGCAGAGUAGUUGCUUUUGUUAUUUGUGUCGUCUGUCAUGGAAUUUUCUUAGCAUUCUGUGACGUAAAUGUAAUAUGCUACUAUUUGAGUUAAGAUGGAGUAUUGUGUUGUUGAUUACGCUUUGUGUCUGGAACGAAAUUUCUUAGCAUUUGUGACAUACUUGAAUGGAUGCCGCUAAUGCAGGUUUGUGCUCCUAAAGUCACCAUUUUUGUUGUUGUUGAAGCCACUUAAUAAAUUUGUUGUAUAAAUGACUACAUUAGUAGUAGUAAUGAAAGUUAUGUCGAGUGA